GAUGCUAUACAACUGACAUGUGGUGGAGAAGAUUUUAAUUGCUCCGGAGAGCUCAGGCUUUUUAGUCAUCAAGCUGUUAUUCAAAUAACAGUUUUGCAAUGUAAAUAUGUCAGGAACAUAAUCAGCUGUUUUACAUCAUUUCAGAUCCUCAGCUGUUUCAUGUCUUUCCAUCUGAGACUUUUUUUUUUUUUUUUUUUUUUUUUUUUUACAUGAAGAAAUAUCAAGAGACAGAAAUAGAAAGACAGAGACAGAGGAAGUGAAGAUGAUUUUUAGUAGAGAGGCAUGCAGCAGGAAGCAGGCUGCUGUCUCCUUGUCCAAUGCCCUUGGAGUGCAGCUUUGUGGUGUGAACUCCCAUAAGACCUCUCUUUGUUCUCAGAAGAUGAGGGCUGGCAGAGUGUGACCGUGCACUUACACCUGAAGCCAUCAAAAGCAGAGGGAAUAACACUUUUACGCCAUACGAUGCCUCUGCUCUUAUCCCCCAGUGUUCGUGGCCACAAACAGGCCAAGAGGUCCUGGGGGAAAUACUAUGCACCUUCACACACAUGCAAAGAAACCAACUGUCAGUCAACAGCAGCCCCAAAUAAAUAAAUAAAAAGUACAAAUCUGCAUGUGCAGAUACAUAAAUGGCAAUUUGAAUGUCAGAUUUUCAUCUUGUUUGACUGCAUAGUUUGACAUUUACAUCAAAGGAAUGUGAGAUGUCUUCUACAACUGAAAAUCCCAGCGCUAAUUAUCGAGAUUAAUUUAGGAGCUGUUACACAAGGAAUAUUGAAAUAUUGAUUAAGGCGAUGACAGGAAAUCAAUGCCAGAUUAAUUACACUCUGGGCUACAAAUGACAACACUGUUUUGUUACAGUGGCAUAUCACCUCCGUGAGAGCCUUGCUACAGUAUUUCUGUCACUGACAGGCAAACUACAAUAACACAUCAGCAUUUGUGUGUCAGCUAAUAAAGUCCGUGAAAAGUAACAGGAGUAAAAACCUUGUAGAUAAGACAGAAUAUCAGCCUAAAAGCAACGUGUCCUAUAUCCUGUGUCCCACAUCUUUCUCUCAGAGGAGCAGGGGUAGAUAACACAGAGGAGUGAGAGUGUCAGGUGGACGAGAGGGAAAGGUAGGGGCCACUGUUGUGGACACGUCCGCAGCAACAGAGCUGUGGGUUUGUGACAGCAAGCAUUUUGCAAUUAUCAAUUAAUAAAUAAUUUUUUCUAUUAAACCCCCCACCAGUACAAAAAUGCUUUUUAUUAUUUUUUACUUGAGUUGGAUGUCCAAGCAUCACUGAAGAAUAAAAGGAUUUUUAAGGUAGUAGCCUAUAACUUAAUAUGUGACACAUAUUAUUAUUCAAAGCAUUUUUUAUUUAUCUUAAAAGAAGUCCGGAAGGGAUGCCUAUUUGUUUGGUCUAUAAAAUGUCAGAAAAUACUCAGAAAUGCUAGUCACAAUUGCCCAAAGUCCAAGAGGACAUCUUAAAAAUGUUUUUUUUUUUUUUUUAUUUCUAUCCAAAACUCAAAGGGAUCCUGUUUAAAUUAAUGUAAAACAGAGACAAGCAGCAAGCCCUCACAUUUUAGAAUUCAGAGAAUAGUUUGGCUUAAUCAUUGAUAGAAAUUGUUAUUAGAUUGUCAAUUGAUUAAUCAAUUAAGGUCUAAUACAGCAAUAGCUAUUUGCACUUAUUUUUUGCCAUAAAAACAUUUGCUUUGAUGCUUCUCUCUGGCCAGGCUGGUCUUUCAUAAAGCACUGCUUCUUUUUCUUUUUGUCUCAGAAUUUGGUAAGCUGCCAAAUACUUUACUUCUCCAUUUGCGUUUUCACUACACCCCAUCCUUUCCCCUCUCUCUUUGUUUACCUGUCACACUGUAGCUGUAGAUCAGUGAAUACUAACAGCUGAGAGCGAGAGAGGGAGAGGGAGCCAGGGAGGAGAACAGGAGGCAUGCGAGUGUCCUAGUAGCAUGGUGGAGUGCUGGACUUUGGCAUGGGCCAUCCAUCUGUCACUUUCUUACACCCCUCCCUGGUACUGACGGGUCAUGGCAAUGGCAGCCUGUGACGGAUGACUAAUCUUCCCCUGGUAAUGAAUGAGACACCACCCCCUGAAUGCCAAGAGGGUGCUGAUGGUGAGGGUGGCUGCCUCAUUGGCAAUACAGAAAUCAUUAUGAUGAAUGGUAUGUAAGCAUGUUAUCCCAUGUCUGUGCCAGCCUGCCAAAUGGGCUACAGUACCUGCCAGCUUAGGAGAAUCUCUAGUGAGAAUCUCAUGAAUCGUGGUCUGAAAACAUUGAUACAGAACAUCUAUUAAUUCUGCCUCCUUUCCUCUCAUCAUCUGUGUUUAAUGCAUGUGUAUGAGUGUAGGAGUCAGGAAAGGGAAGAGCAUAAAUUAACCAGUAAAUGUAAAAAAAAUUAGAUUGCACAGAGUGUAAUGAUGGAAACAGGGCAUGUGUAGGUGGGAAAGAAAAGAGGACAUUGCUAUUAUGGAUGAUGCAUGCACUGUCCUGUUAGAUGGGAGAGGGACGCUCUGCAGCCGCACCAGUCAAAUCGUCUUGACUGUGUUGAGUAGCUGAGACCUGUCUUAUCUUCACCUCAUAAUGCGCAGGCGUGAUCCUAUCUGAGCCCAGCAAAAAGCUGUUACCAUCUGAACUAGACGUCGUGUGCGCGGCUCUUCAUGUGGCGCUCCAGCCGAUGCUUUAAAAAUUGUAUUUUUGAUAUAUUUGUCUUACAGAUCGCGUGCAAAGACAGCCCGGACAUGAAUGUUUCUUUGGAAGCUGAUCUCACCGAACAACACAAUCCAACCUGUGGAUAGUGAGGAGCGCGUCUGUGGCCACCGGCCAGUCUCCGCUAUCUGGGACGCUCUGCCUCCAGCCCGCUGUGCGCGUCUUUUUUUUCUUCCCACCGUUGGCUCCGGUCUGUGUCGGCGGGGGGAUCCGGUGUUCCGUUUGACCUAAGCUGUGAGCAGGUAUUCAGUUUAUGAAUGGCACUGGCAUGGAGGAAAUACCGUUUCAGAAAGUCAAAACCAGGCGGAAGAGAAGUCACUGCCCACCGGGCGUCCCUUUGACCACCAUCGUGUGUGAGGACGAGUUCGACUGCAAGGAGCUCGAGUCCCUCUUCCAGAACUACAACCUGAAGCUGGAGCAGACGUCCACCCUCAAAGCCCUGGCCGUGCUCAUCUUCAUGUCCUCGACACUGGCCGUGGUGGAGUUACUGUCCGGCCCCAGCCUCACCAUCUCCAAGGGGUCCCAUCCGGUCCACUGUGUCAUCUUCGUCUCCCUGUUCAUCGUAACUAAUGUCAAGUACCUGCAAGUGACUCAGCUCCAACAGAUUGUCAACCUGACGCUGCUCUUCGGCUUCACUUUCUCUUUCCUCUGCUGUCCCUUCUCCCUGGGCGCGAUGGGGAUGGAGCCGCCGACGUCCCCGGAGCAAGGCAUGUGGCAGCUCAUCCUGGUCACCUUCGUCGCCUACGCGCUCCUACCUGUGCGGACACUCUUGGCUGUUGUGUUUGGAAUAAUGGUCUCCAUCUCGCAUUUGAUUGUGACUGCCACUUCAGUCACAGUGAAAACACAGAAACUGUGGAGAUCGUUGGUUGCCAACACAGUGCUGUUCACCAGUGUCAACCUGUCAGGGCUGUUUGUGCGCAUCCUGACAGAACGAGCCCAGAGGAAGGCCUUCCUGCAGGCUCGCAACUGCAUUGAAGAGAGACUCCGCAUGGAGGAUGAGAACGAGAAGCAGGAGCGCCUGCUAAUGAGUCUGUUGCCCAGGAACGUAGCUAUGGAGAUGAAAGAGGAUUUCCUGAAGCCCCCAGAAAGGAUCUUUCACAAAAUCUACAUCCAGCGCCAUGACAAUGUCAGCAUCCUGUUUGCAGAUAUAGUUGGUUUCACCAGCCUGGCCUCCCAGUGUACAGCCCAGGAGCUGGUUAAACUACUAAAUGAGCUUUUUGGAAAGUUUGAUGAGCUUGCCACGGAGAACCACUGUCGCAGGAUUAAGAUCCUGGGGGAUUGCUACUACUGUGUGUCUGGACUGACCCAACCCAAGACUGACCACGCCCACUGCUGUGUAGAGAUGGGUCUGGACAUGAUUGAUACCAUAACGUCAGUAGCAGAGGCCACAGAAGUCAACCUAAACAUGCGCGUGGGCUUGCAUACAGGUCGGGUGCUCUGUGGAGUGCUGGGCCUCAGGAAAUGGCAAUAUGAUGUUUGGUCCAAUGAUGUGACCCUGGCCAAUGUGAUGGAGGCUGGAGGACUACCUGGGAAAGUCCACAUCACCAGAUCUACACUGGAGUGCCUAAAUGGAGACUAUGAGGUGGAGCCUGGAAACGGUCAUGAAAGGAACGCCUUCCUCCAAAAACAUGAAAUUGAAACCUUCUUUAUAGUGCCAUCUCACCGACGGAAGAUAUUCCCAGGACUGAUUCUUUCGGAUAUAAAGCCCGCCAAAAAGAUGAAGUUCAAAACUGUGUGCUACUUACUAGUGCAACUUAUGCACUGCAGGAAGAUGUUCAAGGCUGAGAUUCCCUUCUCCAAUGUCAUGAACUGCGAGGACGGGGAUAAGCGGAGAGCCAUGCGGACGGCUCCACAGAAGCUGAGGAAUCGUUCCAACGCUAACCAGGCUAACCUGAUCCAGAGCAGCCCCAGAACCCGGGUCAACCGCUACAUCGGUCGGUUGAUCGAGGCCCGCCAGACUGAGUCAGACACGGCAGACCUCAACGUCCUCACACUCAUGUAUAAGUGCUCUGAGCGCGAGCAAAGGUACCACCAGGUUCCUGAUGAGUACUUCACCAGCGCAGUGGUCCUCUCUCUGAUCCUAGCUGCCUUGUUUGGCCUUGUCUAUCUUCUCAUCAUACCACAGGGCACAGUGAUACUAGUCCUUCUCGUCUUCUGCAUCUGUUUCCUAGUAGCUUGUAUCAUGUACCUGCAUAUCACUAGAGUACAGUGUUUUCCAGGGUGCCUGACCAUUCAGAUUCGCACUGCUCUCUGUAUUCUCAUAGUGCUCUUAAUCUACGCUGUGGCCCAGGCCUGUGUGGUGGGCUGUAUGCCCUGGUUGUGGGGUAGUGCCAACACCAACAGCUCCAUCGUCAUCAUUGAUGUGGACAGCGGCGCCAACCACACCAUGGCGGAGCUGCCUUGUGAUGGUGCCCGCUAUGCCUUUCUUUCCUGUGUGGUGGGCACCCUCACCCUGGCACUUUUCCUGCGGAUAUCCUGGCUGCCGAAGAUGGCGCUAAUGCUCCUUCUGGGGGUGCUGUAUGUCACCGUGUUGGAGCUCAGCGGCUUUCGCAAGACUGAAGGUGGGGGGUCCUUCCACAUCAGGGGCUAUGAGCCCAUCCUGUCUUUGUUGCUCUUUGUCAGUGCCCUGGCCCUCCACUCCAGGCAACUCGACCUCAAACUACGCCUGGACUUCCUAUGGGCUGUGCAGGCGGAGGAGGAAAGGGAUGGCAUGGAGAAAGUCAAGCUGGACAACAGGAGGAUUCUCUUCAACCUUCUGCCCGCACACGUGGCUCAACACUUCCUUAUGUCAAACCCCAGGAACAUGGUGAGCCUCGCUAAUAGACAGGCAGGCAGACAGACAGAAAAACAGGAUCUGUACUAUCAGUCCUAUGCACAAGUAGGUGUCCUGUUUGCCUCUAUCCCAAACUUCAAUGACUUCUACAUCGAGCUGGACGGGAACAACAUGGGAGUGGAGUGCCUCAGACUCCUGAAUGAGAUCAUUGCUGACUUUGACGAGCUCAUGGAUAAGGAGUGCUACAAAGACAUAGAGAAAAUCAAAACCAUUGGCAGUACAUACAUGGCAGCUGUGGGCCUUGUCCCCACCAUUGGUACCAAGGCCAAAAAAUCUGUUUACGACCAUCUUAGCACAAUAGCAGACUACGCCAUUGAGAUGUUUGACGUUUUGGAUGAAAUCAACUAUCAGUCAUACAAUGAGUUUGUCCUGAGAGUGGGUAUCAACAUUGGUCCAGUGGUUGCAGGGGUGAUUGGUGCGCGGCGACCGCAGUAUGACAUCUGGGGGAACACAGUCAAUGUGGCCAGUCGGAUGGACAGCACUGGAGUGCCUGGAAAGAUACAGGUAACUGAAGAGGUCUAUCGCCUGCUGAAUACCAACUAUGACCUGGUGUGCCGUGGCAAAGUCAGCGUUAAGGGUAAAGGUGAGAUGCUGACGUACUUCCUGGAAGGGAAGGUUCAGGGCGUGGGCACCGUAAUCACUUCUUCAGUCAUGCGUUCCGCCAGCUUGGCUCGUCGGAUCCACUCCUGUGGGAAGACGAGCGUCCCGACCAACCUGGGCAGCGUCUCCUCUGCCGCCAGCCUGUUGGGCAGCACUGUUCAGAUGAACACUGCCAACAGCAGCAACAGCCAAGCUACAUGCCUGCCCUCGUCCUGCGUGCCCGCAGUGGGUGAGGAGGACGAGGAGGAGGACUUACAGGUGACAGAGAUUGAGAUUGAGGCUGUGGCAGCUGUUGCGGAUGUUGCAGUGUAGAGAGAAAGACAGGACUAUUAACCUGAAAAAAGGAAAGAAAAUCCUGGUUGGAGGCCUAGAGAAGACAGGGCUGUCCAGGUAUUUCCUAUAAAUCAUGAGCUACUGGCCAAACCCAGAACAUGCUCAUUCAGGAUAUGAACUUCCGGAGAAAUGGCAGGGUGAUGUGGACAAUCAUACUCGCUUUGAGGGAUUUCUAAGACAAACACGGAGUGAAGAAGAACGAUACCCGGAAUCUCAGAUCCUCUUUUAACAUCUCUAUACCAGAUAAUUAGAUUUGUGGUGUUUCUGGGUUCCCUCAGAUCCAGGUAUUAUAAUGUGCAUCUUCAUUUUAUAUGUACUACAUAUUCCGUGUGCAGGGGAUAUGUGCAUUGAUAUCCAGAAAAAGACUGAUCAUGCUAUUGCUUUUGCACUGUCUUUCUGAUUAUGCCAAGGAUACAUUGUAUUAUUUACAGUGUAAAAUGGUGUUGUUUCUUUUUUCUUUUCUUUUUUUUGGUGUAUGUAAGCAUGCAUGUGUGUACUUGUGAGUGUGUAUGCAUGUGUGGUUAACUCUGAAUCGUAACGAAACAGCACAAUUUUUUUGUUUUGGUUUUUUUUUUACACUCGGAGCUCACUGGAUGGAAUAGGCUUUUUCUGAGACAUAUUUACAGUUAAUAGUGCAUGACUUUUUUAAGAGUUGACAGCCAUAGUAACUCCUGUUGAAAGAAACCAAAGUAUUGAGCUUUCCAUAGAUCUUUAGUUUUACCGCUUUUAUUGCCUCACCAUACAAGAGAAGAGAAAGGAUGUGGCAGUAGGUUGGAUAUAUUUGGCACAUGUUAGUUUUUCAGACAUCAGUAGACUUAAAGUGUCUUUUUUUUUAACCCAAAAUAAGGUUUCCUGAAUGUUCAUAUGCUGCCCCGAUUCACAAUGGUUUAAUGUAAUGCGACAUGUGUUAAGUAUACACACAGACACUGGUGUCUCUGAGUCUGAAGAGGCAGUAAAGGCAAUGAAGGGAGCAGAGGAAGGUGUGGAAACCUAAAGAGCAGUUCUACUAGUACGGAGUGUGUGUGCUGCCAUGGAAACUAGUUGAUGCCAAAACUGGACCAAUCACAAAGUAUUAAUGACAAAUAAAUCACUUAGAGGACCAAUACACAUCUAUGUAUGGUGCAAACAUACGUGUAGACACCCGAGGGAGUCGAGGAAUGCAUUUAUCCACACAGAGGAGAGCACAUCCAUGACUUAAGCACAUGCAACAAGCACACAACCUCUACAAAUGCACAGCCCAGUCCUUUACUCACAGCCUCUGCAAAUGAUACAUGUACAUUCAUGUAUUAUCUUGGUGCAGUGUCUGACUACGUUACUGUACCCCAGAAUUUUACCGCUGUAAUGAAGCUACAUUUUGAGUUUUCCUCAGAAACUAUGAGCUUUAGCACGUCUCUCAGAUACAGUCUCAGAAAUGUGAGGCGCUUCAGAUAUCUUCAGAUGUCAACUCUAUCAGCGUUUAAAACUUUUACUUGAUCUGCAAAUGUGUAAAUAACAUCAUGUUUCAAGUUUUUUGCCUUACUCAAUAAGCUUACAGUGAUUGCAACCUGCCUUUUUAGAUAUAUUCACUUUGAUAUGCAGAUCAUACUUUUUGUAAAUAGCCAAAAGCUGUAAACUAUGUUGUAUCUUGUACAGUGUAAAGUUGGGUUAUUGAAUAUUUUGUAAUAAAGACAAUAUUGAUGUAUAAAAUA